AUGAAUGAGAUCCUAUCAACAAGCGAAUAUAUGGCUCCUCAAACCUCCCAGUUGGAUCAUUCAGCUGGUCCUCCAACUCAAGGAAUUUCGUCUGCGUCAUUCGUUCCUGAAAGCCGUCUCAUCCGCCUUUUCUAUGAAAAUCUUCAUUCAGCUCAUCCGAUCUUGGUUCCUGCUUCAUUAUUCGAAAAAUGGAACUAUCCGUUCUAUUUGCGCCAAGUUGUGAAAUUCAUAGGGAGCCACUACUCGGUUGUCCUCAAUAAUGAUAUCUUGCAUGAGUCCACCUGGGUUACCCUAAACGGCUCUUCAGAGAAAACGCCUCACAUGGUCCAGGCUCUUCUUCUAUAUUCUACCAUUAUGCGGGCUCGGAAUGACGUCUCCAGAGCCGAGUCUUCUCUUACUCAGGCAAUCAACAUUGCUUUGGACCUUGGAAUGCAUCAAGAAGAUUUUGCGACGAAAUACUCUGAAGAGAGAGGAUAUGAGGCCGAGAGCCUGCGACGAACGUGGUGGGAACUCUCAAUUUGGGAAAUCUACAUGGCCUCCCUGCAUGAAAAGGUCAUCCUGCGAUGCAGCGAUGUUUUCUCUUCUGUGUCGUUGCCAUGCGAAGAGUCGACAUAUGCAUCUCUUCGCUUUAUUCCAAAACCUCAAUGUCUUGCGUCUUUCAGAGCCAGAGUUUUUGCGGCAGAUGAGGAAGUCAAUCUUUUCUCAUCGUUUGCUUAUCGUAUUGAAGCAGUCCGUAUUCUGGCCAGGAUUUUGGUUCUCAACAGCCUGCCCGAGACUCAACAUGAUCACUUGCAAGCCGUCGCAAACACUCUUGUCAGUUGGAUUCACCACCUUCCGCAACAAAAAAUUGACAUUGUGGACAUGUACGGAAACAUCGAUGAGAUGUUAUUUCAGGCUCAUUUCACAAUCCAAUAUGCUGCCAUGCUCCUGCAUUUACCCCGAAGCAAUAUCCGACCGGCAUUUCCCGAUUCGAUUUUUUCAAUAUGCCCAGUGACUCCUGUCCGUCUUUCGCCUUCCUUGACACGCCAUGUACACGAUGUUAAAGUCAUAGAGGCUUCCAAAAAGCUGUCUGAUCUUUUAUCUGUGCGUUCUGAUGCCAAAGGCUACAGUCCUACAGUCGUGUUUGGCUCAAUAUUGUGUGGCCUCGUUCAGCUUGUUGCGACCGCGAUACAUGGGUCCGAAUGUUACGACCACCAUCAAAAUCGGGUCGUGCUCGUUCUUGGAUGUCUCAAACUUCUCACGGCGAAGUGGUCUCUAGCGCAAGAAGCUCACUUUCAUCUCAGAAAGACAGCUGCUCGAAUAGCCACUAACUUUACGGAGUAUUCACCGUUCGAAGGCCCAACGACGCCAGGCCAAGAUAACCAACGACCCAAUAUGGCUUCUGGUGAGGCCGCCAUCCUUCCACCUAUAGAAAAUGAUGCCGUGAACAAUUCAUUCUCAUCAAGGCUCUUAUCAGAAUUCGUCGAUCCAACUUGCGGCGAUUUGUUUUCUCCAUUUCCCAUGACAAGUUCGGAAACACUCCCGGGUGUGCCGCGGCAUCAAGUCGCCUAA